CAUCGCAUCAGACUAUAUCGGCAUAGAGCAUCGCUAUACGUCGCGAUGCCAGAGUCCAUCGAAACCUGGACCCGACGAUAAUCCUGUGUCAGUGCGGGACUUUUAUGUGAUCGGUGUAACAAGAAGAAAACCAUGAAGGUUUCAUUAAAUUCCUCAUGGUUUUUGCCACUUCUUGGAUUUGUUCUCAUCGGUGUUGCCGCGCAGGAAAGCGGCGAGUGCCCGACAACUGACCAAGUUUCUUGUACCGCUGGAACCAAAUGCAACUCCGAUCUAGAUUGUCAAGACAAGGAAUUGUGUUGCGCCAAUCCGUGCUAUACGAAGCGUUGCGUACAAAAUCCGAGAGGUGGUGACGACGUUGAUGGACCGUCCGAAUCCGAGUGCAGGCCUUACAUCGAGAAAGCUCUUAAAGAGCUCGAGACUGGUGAGGCACGCAAGGAACCUUCAGACGAAAACGAAAGCGCUGAAGAGCUUCCUACUGUUGAAAUAAGCGAUGACGACGAAGGAGGAAGCAGCAAGGGAAACGUAGAAGACAUCGAAACCGAAGCGCCGCCAGAAAACGAAUUCAAGGACGUGGAAGGUGAGAGCGAAGCGAUAAAGACUUCAGAAGAGACCAAGAGUCAGGAAAACCUGCUCGAUAGUGGUGGCGAAGAUGAAACGCCGGAAGGCGCGGAGCCUAUUGGAGAUGAAAUACAAGGUGUUAAAGAGAGCAGCGAAGAAAAUAUCGAAGACGACAACGUAAAACUAAACGUGGAAACUGAUGACGAAAUUGACAAUAACGAACGAGUAUUAGAUAGCGUUGCGAAAGAAUUUCAAAAAAGUGACGACCUUAGCAAGGAAAUAACCGAGCCCAGCACUAAUGAUGAUUCUUCGGCAAAAUCGGAAGAAACAACUAGUGAUGAAGAUGAAAGGCACAAACGAGAAACUACACAGAACGAACAGUUAUUGGAAAUUAACGAUAACGUAGAUGGAGAGGAAGCAAAAAGUGACGAGGUCCCAGUAGAAGCUGUUGAUUCGUUAGAAAGCAAUUACGACGCCCCUGCGCCACAGGAAGAGUCCAAAGAAUCAAUAGAAAAUCAACAAGGCAACGGUUGUCCAACUGUAGACCGAGUGUCUUGUACAGAUGGAGAACUAUGUACCAAACACAAGGCGUGUGGAGAAAAUCGAAUAUGUUGCCCUAAUAAAUGUUACAGAAAACGCUGCGUGACAGGCAAGGUAGAUGAACGUGAGUUGCAAGCGGAACAAUCGGAAGGAAUCGAAAGUAGUAAACAACAGAUCGUCAUCAACGACAGUGAAGAAAUACCAGGUACUGGCUGUCCUUCCAGUGAUCAGGUUUCCUGUGUCAAGGGCGAUCUAUGCAGUAAACACAAACAUUGUGGCGAUGGCGAAAUUUGCUGUCCAAACAAAUGUUACAGAAAACGCUGCGUUGCGGGACUCGUAACUUCAGAGGAAUUGGCACAGGAAGAAUCUGAGGAAGAUUCGAAAGAAAUGGAACAAGCAAAAUCAAGUAAAGAAGAGAACCUACAAGUUAAAGAUGAUGAGGGACUCGGCUGUCCGUCGGUAGAUAAAACUUCUUGUAAAGAAGGCGACUUGUGCAGCAAACACAAACAUUGUCGACGAGGUGAAAUAUGUUGUCCGAAUAAGUGCUACAGGAUGCGUUGCGUUACCGGUACAGUUUCUUCUGCAGAAUUAGAAGAAGAAGAAUUGUCAGAAGAGAAGUCUAUUGAAGAAUUGACAAAAGACAAAAUUGUUUCCGGGAAACGGGAAGUGGUGGGUUGUCCUCUACGAGAAAACAUUCCCUGUAAGGGUGGACAGGGUUGUUUGAAGAACAAGGAAUGCGAUUCUGGCGAAAUCUGCUGCGCGAACAAAUGUUAUCGAAAGAUGUGUGUGCCCGGAACACCCGCUGAAGAUGAUAGUGAGGAGGAUGAUGAUCCUGGACAAGUAAACGAGGAAGAGCACGAAAGUACAGGAGGAGUUAACAAAGAGAAUGCCGAGAAGCUGGAGGAUGAAGACUUGCCCCGUUGUCCAUCCAAGGAUGAAGUUCCUUGUAGAAUUGGCCAACGGUGCGACGACGAUAACGACUGCACCCCUAAUGAGUUCUGCUGUCCCAACAAAUGUUACAACAAACGAUGCGUCGUGAAACCACUCGCAGGUAUGGGAGUCCCUGAGAGCAAACUUAAACUGCCGAAACAAGUAGAAAAACCUGUGACGAAAUUCAAGGUCGAAAUUAAAAGAGAAGUAAAAAUAAAGGUUUUGCCCUCCGAACCGAAAAAGGAAACCAGAAAACUCGAAGUGAAGCAGCCCGGCAAACCCAGCAAAGUGGUGGUUAUCGAGGAAAUGGAUGAAGACGAAGACGCCAGUCUAGAAAAAGGAGGGGAAGUCCCGGCGGUGGAAGAACUUUCUCUCGAUACGGACAUUCCGACGGAAUUGAGGCCCAGAGAUCACGUGGAACAUUUACUAAAAUUAGACAAAGACUCUUCAGAUGUGGAGCAGAUUCAGAACAGGGUGUACGAGGAGACGUUGAAAGAGUUAAAGCGAUUGUACGAAUCGGCAAUUAAACCUCUAGAGACGUUGUACAAGUACAGGGAUUUGAGCAACAGACAUUUCGGCGAUGCCGAGAUAUUCUCCAAGCCGUUGGUGCUGUUCAUGGGGCCCUGGAGCGGAGGCAAAUCGUCCAUUAUCAAUUACUUGGUGAAUAACGAAUACAACGAAACUUCCCUAAGAACGGGCGCCGAGCCAUCACCGGCAUAUUUCAAUAUUCUCAUGUAUGGCGAAGAGGCGGAGAUCAUUGACGGGACCGAACUGGCCGCCGAUUUCACCUUUUCCGGAUUGCAGAAAUUCGGUCAAGGCCUGGAGGAACGAUUGAAAGGUAUCAAGCUGCCGUCAAAAAUUUUGCGAAAAGUCAACGUUGUGGAAAUCCCGGGAAUUCUGGAAGUUCGGAAACAAGUGUCCAGACUGUUUCCGUUCAACGAUGCGUGUCAGUGGUUCAUCGACAGGGCCGACAUCAUAUUUUUGGUAUACGAUCCUUCGAAACUGGACGUCGGCCCCGAAACAGAAGCCAUCCUGGAUCAGCUGAAGGGAAGAGAGCACCAGGUGACUAGAAUCAUUUUGAACAAAGCGGAUCAAGUGAAGCCGGAAGAAUUGAUGAGGGUGCAGAGCGCCCUUAUUUGGAAUAUAUCGCCCUUAAUGUCAUCCCCUCAGCCUCCGAUUAUGUACACCGCUUCCCUUUGGUCUAGACCGUUCGAGCCGUGGGCCCCCGUUCGGCUUCUCCAGGCCCAGGAAAGGGCAUUUUUGAGAGAUUUGAGGGGGGCGGUCGACAAACGAGUCGAAAACAAAAUUGCCAGCGCCCGAAGAUUUGCAGUGCGGGUUAGAAAUCACGCCAAAAUGGUCGACUGUUAUUUGACCACUUACUAUAACCACAAAUCGGUAUUCGGCAAUCGGAAACAAGUGGCCAACGAGAUCAUCGAACAUCCUCAAGACUACCACAUCUACGAGGGUCUGUCCACGUUGACCAACAUCUCACGAUACGACUUGCCCGACCCCGAAGUCUAUAAAGAUUUCUUCAAACUGAAUCCGUUGUACGAGUUUCAACAAUUAUCCGCCACUUGUACAUAUUUUAGAGGAUGCCCCAUUAAUAGGCUAGACAUUGCUAUAGCCUACGAUCUACCAGAACUCGUGGGCACCUACAAAAAGAAUUUAGAGGAAGCCUUGGCUUCGCCGUCCGAUGUGAAGAAAAAGGCAUCAAGGAAAGCGGCUCCGGGAAGUUGAAAAAUCCUUUCGGGCUUCGACCUCGUGCCUUAUCUGUGAAAAACUGUCGGAAAUUCUUCGUUAGAGAACCAAAAAAAGUGCAUUAUAUAACCAUGCUUAACUAGUUCUGCCGUAUUUUGUGUGUGCUCGCAUUUAUAGGUUUUUAGAAUUCGGAGUGUUCACGUCGUGGGAAAAUGUGGCGAUUUUCGUGUGGGAAAAAGGUACUAUCUGAUUUCGAAAUGGCAGGGGAAUUUCGAUACUCGAAUCGGUUUAACUCGAUCGGCGACGACGACGCGACGUCCGUUUUCGACCAAUCGCAAUCGAGUAUCGAAUCACGUGAACCCGCCUUGGGUUUGUCUUCACAGUAAUUUAUUCCUUAUGUUAUUCAAGUAUGUACGUGUUAAGCUCUCUUAUUUCGAAC